AUGUGUCGCCCGCGGCGGCAACCGUUGUGGCGCAGUGUGCUGACCCUGGUGGUCUGCGGUGGAGUGUUGUUGGGCACGGUAGAGGCCAGCUGGGGUCGGUGGGAUGAUGUUGGCGUAGAGGAGAUGCGCUCGUUGCGCGAAAGUCGUGGCGUCGAGGAUGACGAGGACCAUCGCAGUCACCAGGCCCAGAUCGGUGACGAUACGGGCGAUCCGUUGCAAGUGCUUCCGGCCAGGAAUCGACCCGCGCGCCUGCGGGCGGCCCAGGUGCGAAGGGGACCCCAUCGGCAACGGCACUCCGGCGGCAGGCAAGAACUAAGAAUGCUGUCCGGGCUGACGGUCUCAUCGGCGACGGCGGACUACGAGCAGCAGCUACCGAAGGCGUCCGGUUUGUGGCCAUCAUUUUUUAAUGUAGCCCUGAGGGCGACAAUCUCCGUGAAUGCGACCUGCGGUCAGGCCGGCCGCGAGGAGUACUGCCGUAUCACCACGGAGAGCACGGGACGGUCCCGCGGUUCGCAGUGUGGUAUCUGCGACGCGAACAAUCCGGAUCCGGAGAAGCGACACCCGAUCACGAACAUUGUCGACGGGACGAACAGCUGGUGGCAGAGCCCGACGCUGCAGAAAGGCGCUAAAAAUGAUCGCGUGACGAUCAAUCUCGAUCUCGGCCAGCUCUACCAGAUAGUGUUCUUUACCAUGCGAGCCGCCAUCUCGCCCGUGCCGGCCACCUGGGUGCUGGAGAAGUCAACGGACGGCCGGACGUACGAACCGUGGCAGUACUUUGCCGGUAGCGACGGUGAGUGCCGCGAACGGUUCGGGUUGCCAGCCUACACCAGCAACUACAUCUUCAAGAGCGACGUGGAGGUGAUCUGUGCGACCCAGUUUUCCUCCCCGGAGCCACUGGAAAAUGGUGAAAUCAACCUAUCACUCAUUAGUGGACGGCCAAGCGAAAAGACGAGCUCGAUCGAGCUGCAGAACUUUACGAUCGCCCGCUACGUUCGAAUACGCCUGCUGCGUAUGCAAUCCGCGGUGCAGCAGCAGCAGCCGGACGGCAGCGGUUCGAGUCUCGGCUCAGUGCUGCAACCGAAGCGCAGCUUUUACAGCAUCCGUUCGCUGCGUAUCGGCGGGCGGUGCUUUUGCUCCGGACAUGCCGGGAAGUGCAAGGCGAGCGACAACAACCUCGACAACCAGCAGCAGCAGCAGCAGCAGCAGCAACCGCAGUGCGAGUGUGUCCACAACACGUGCGGCCCGCACUGUGAUCGGUGCUGUCCGCUUUACAACCAGCGUCCGUACCGCGUCGGGACUCCGGUGAGCGCCAACAAGUGCGAAAAGUGUGAGUGCCAUGGCCACGCCACGUCCUGCUACUACGACAAGCUGGUGGACGAGCAGCACCUGAGCCAGAGCAUCCGGGGCAAGAUGAGCGGUGGAGGCGUGUGCCUGAACUGUACCGCGUUCACGACCGGCAUCAACUGCGAGCGCUGCCUCCCGGGGUACUUCCGGCCCGAGCCGGUUCCGGCGGACCACGAGCAACCGUGUCGGGCGUGUGAGUGCGAUGCUCCGGGAGCGACCGGUGAGUGUCGGGCCAUCGGUGGCCAGUGCACCUGCCGGGAGGGCUUCACGGGGCCCCGCUGUACUGAGUGUGCCCCGGGACACGCCGGGGAGCAGUGUGUCCGGUGUAUGUGCGAUCCACGUGGUACCCGGCCGGGCCGUGAGUGUGGCGAGGAGUGUAGCUGCAAGGCGCACGUGAUCGGAGCGCGUUGCGAUCGGUGCGCCGAAGGAUUCUUCGCGCUCCGGGCGACCAACGCCGACGGGUGCCUCAAGUGUUACUGUUCCGGGUUGGUGGGGGUACGGUGCAGUGCGGGGGGCCAGAGCACCGACGGCCAGACCGCCUACUCGACGCUGGACGGCUGGACGGUGACGAAUCUGGCGAUGGGCGAGCGGGUUGUACCGACGCGCGACAACGACACCGGUUCGCUGGUGUUCGGGAUGUUCGAGAUGCCGGAUACGGAAGCGGUGUACUGGCGGGCACCCCCGGGCUACCUCGGCAAUCGGUUGGGGAGUUACGGGUCCCACCUUAGCUUCCGAAUGCAGUGGAUAACGGUGCGCGGUGAUACGAGCGGAAAGCCGACGGUUGGCCCCACCCUGGUGCUGGUCGGUCGGAAUGGGAUGAAGAUCGCGUACGGAGAGGCCAGCUACGAUGAGGUAUCGGGGGGUUCGGUAACUAUCGAGGUGCCGCUGCAGGAGCAGAACUGGUACCACGUGCCACGCACGGUACAGGACAUCAUUACGCGCUUGCGGCGCACCGAGUACCACGGGGAUCCGGUCACCCGGACGCAGUACAUGGCGGUGCUGGCCGACGUCGAAGCGAUCCUGCUGCGGGGUACCUACCACACCGAUCAGGUCGAGAGUGUCCUCGAGGAUGCGCAGCUUUUCACGGACGGGUCAGGGACCCCGGCCGAAGGAAGCGCGGGCGAGAGUCUCGUCGAACGGUGCGAGUGUCCCGACGGGUAUCGGGGCGCGUCGUGCGAAGAGUGUGACUUUGGGUACGUGCGGAUCUACGAGACGAGUGUGACGCACGAACGGGUCGGUCGGUGUAUUCCGUGUUCGAUGUGUCACGGGCAUGCGGCCACCUGUGACCUUGAGACGGGUGCGUGUGCCGCCUGCCUUCAUCAUACCGUCGGCACCAACUGUGAGCGCUGUUUGGCCGGGUUCUACGGCAAUGCGACUGUCGGACGGGCGGAUGACUGCCAGCCCUGUGCCUGUCCGCUGCCGGUGGCCGGCAACAACUUUUCCCCUCACUGCCAGGCGAAGGGAGGCGAGCAUGGGCGGGGGGAGUACGUGUGUACGCAGUGUCCGGACGGGUACACGGGCGACCAUUGUGAACUCUGCGACGAUGGUUACUACGGGGAGCCGACGGAGAUUGGGGGGCAGUGUCGUCCUUGUCCCUGCCACGGAGGUCCUUGCAAUCCGCGGACCGGCGAAUGCAUCGAGUGUAUGGGCUUCACCGAGGGUUGGCGGUGCGAGCGGUGCAAGACCGGCUACUGGGGCGUACCGGAUGACGGGUGCGAGCCGUGCAGCUGCUCGGCGGUGGGCGCCCUCGAGAACGUGUGCGACGUGACCACCGGCCAGUGCAUCUGCAAGCCGCGCUACGGUGGCCGCCGGUGCGACGAGUGUGACGUGGGCUACGGAAACCUGGAGCUCGAGUGUCCGGCCUGUGCCUGCCACGUCAACGGAUCGGCCAGCCCCAGCGUGUGCAGCCCGAUCAGCGGCCAGUGUGAGUGCAAUCCGGGCACCACCGGACUCCGGUGCGAUCGCUGCGAGGAAGGGUACUUCGGGCUGUCGCCGGAACGACCGGAUGCUUGCCAAGGUUGUAACUGCCACCCGAAGGGCUCGCACGGACCGGCCUGCAGUCAUCGGACGGGCCAGUGCCAGUGCCGGCCGAACAUUGAUGGACGCCAGUGUAACCUGUGCCGGAAGGGCCACUGGAACCUGGACAGUGGCGAGGGCUGUGUGGCGUGCUCGUGCGACGCGAACGGCAGUGAGCUGGAGGGCUGCGACGUCUACACGGGGCAGUGCUUCUGCAAGACCGGCGUCGAGGGUAUCGGCUGCGAUCGCUGCCAGACCGGCUACUACGGAUUCAGCGGGCAGGGCUGCAAGCGCUGCGAGCAGUGCGCUAGUCCAGCGUACGUUUGCGAUCCGGACACGGGCCGAUGCGUCUGCCCGGCGAACAGUCACGGGAGUGAGUGUCGAUCGUGUAUCGCCAACACGUGGGGCAACGAGUUCCAGCGGGGUUGCCGGCAAUGCGCCUGCGAUAUCGUCGGUUCGAUUGGCCAGUCGUGCGAUAAGCAGGAUGGUCAGUGUAGCUGCAAGGAAGGCUACACCGGGCGGCAGUGUACCGAGUGCGCCGAAGGAUACUACGGAUAUCCGGCCUGCCGGCGGUGUGGCUGCGACGAGCGUGGAACCAUCGCGAACGGGACGACGUAUCCUUGCGAUCGGAACGGUCAGUGCGCCUGCAAGGAGCUGGUGUACGGUGCGAAGUGUGACCUGUGCCGGCAGGGCACGUUCGGGCUGGUGGCGCUCAAUCCGGAAGGCUGCACGCGUUGCUUCUGCUUCGGGCGGGCCACGGAGUGUGCCCUUGGGGAGCACUCGUGGGGUCAGAUUCGGCUGAAGGGCUCCCGCAACCUGAGCGUCGAGUAUCGUCCGGAAGACGAGCGGCCGGCCAGUGACGUCCAAAAUCUGGUGGACUAUCUGGUGUUCGUGGAGCUCGGGCAGACGAGCCGGGAGGGUGCCAACAUUACCAACAUGAACAACCUGGACCUGAUCCCGGGCACGACCGGCAACGUGUCGAUCCUGGCGCACAGUGCCUUCCGGUAUCCGCUGUACUUUCAGCUUCCUGCGCCAUUUCUGGGCGAUCGGACCAGUAGCUACGGAGGGUUGCUGAAUUUCACGCUCGUCACGGGAGGUGCCACCGUCGCCAUUGCCGAUCCUUCGUUGCGUCAGUUCCCGCUGGUGCAGCUACAUACGCACGAGAACCUGGUGUUGGAUUUCUACGAGGAACCGGUCCGCUCGUCGGACCACGAUCUGUACUCGGUACGCCUGUUUGGGAGUUGGUGGCGGAAUCACUACGAUGGAUCCCGGGCGAACCGGACGAUCCUUAUGACGGCCCUGCAGAACGUACGGCACGUGUUUGUGCGUGCCACCGCCACGGUCGACUUCCAGCAAGUGGUACUCACAAACGUAUCGCUCGACGCAGGGAUAUUUGUGGCCGGCGCAGAAAAUAAUCACGCCUACAGUGUGGAGCAGUGUUCCUGCGGGGCCAAGUUUAGCGGGUUGUCCUGUCAGAACCCAGGCCGGGGGCACUAUCGGCACCGGUUGCCGAUCGUGGAUCUCGAGUGGGCCACGGUAGACGAUAUGAUCGGCCAGGUGCUCCCGUGCGGAUGUAACGGUCGGAGCGAGGAGUGCGAUCCGGAAACGGGCGUCUGUCUGAACUGUCGCAACAACACCGGUGGUGAGCACUGUGAACGCUGUGCGGAAGGAUUCUACGGUGAUCCGAACGUAGGCCAGUGUUCUGCGUGUCCGUGUCCGGAGACGAGGAAAAACUUUGCCCGAGGCUGUACGGUGCGGGGUAGCGAUGUGCACUGUGUGUGCAAACCGGGCUACACCGGGGCACUGUGUGAUAGUUGUAUGCGGGGAUACUUUGGCCAACCCCACCUGGAUCAGGGCCACUGUGAGGGAUGCGAGUGUAACCGCGAGGGCAGCAUGUCGGAUGAGUGUGAUCGGCAGACGGGCGAGUGUCACUGUCGGCCGGGGGUGAUCGGCCGGCGGUGUGAUCGGUGCGAGCUGCCGAAGCACAUCGUCAAGGAUUACCGCUGCAAAGUCUGCGAUAACUGCACCGUGACGCUGAUGGACGACUUCGAGAUCCUGUCGAGCCGGCUGGACGAAGAAACGGCACACAUCGAUCGGCACGGCAUACCCGCCCCGUGGGUGGAACUGACCAAAUACGAAACGCGAACCCGCCAGAUGGCGGAUCGGGUAGCUCGCCUGUUACAGGCGGAAGACACGAUCAAACAGUUCACGGUGGAUUUUGCGGAACCUCUCAAACGGAACGCAACCCGUCUGGGUAAACGGCUCAUGAAGUUGGACAACCGUGCCACGAACCGAGCGGGUGAGCUGGUGAAGUGUACCGAGCGGGUGAACGAGCUGGCCGACGAGAUCGGGACGAUCGACCGGGAGCUACGGGCAGCGAUCCUUACGCUCCAGAACUACGGUGUCGGAGAUCACCACAUCAAGCUGCCACUCGCCGUGCGGGAAGCGAACGAUCUGUUGGCCAACAUUCGCGAACGCUUCGAGGGGAUAGAGUUCGACGACGGGGUGGGCAAGUGUGCCCAGCACCAGUUCGAUCUCUGGUCGAACGUAUCCCGAGUGGUCGAUCGUCAGGCUGCCCGACUGGAUGAUGUGAAGUUCGAAAUCGAGCAACUCCACUUGAAGGCGGGCCAUCUGCAGAACUACACGGUGCACGUGUUCCGUGGCGUACAGGAAACGGAAGUGUAUCAGACCACGAACCAGAAGCACCUGGAACGGGUACGGGACGCGUACGGUGGAGCGCUAGAGAGCGAGCGUGAGGUGAAGCAGUUGCUCGACACCAACAUUCUGGCCGGAACGGCCGUCAACCUGGAGCAGCUGGACGACAACUACGGUCAGCUGGCACAGGAUAAUGGCACCUUGGCCGCACUGGUGGAGCUCCUGAACGAAUCGACCGAAGAUUUAACGCGCGAGAAAAAUAUCCUGCUCGAAACGCGUAUCCCACAGGCGGUCCGACACGCCGAGCAGCUCAAGACGAAAGCGGAUCACUUCCGGCACAAGUUCCAGUCGACGGAGGACGCCUCGGCAAAGGCGAUGGAAGCGAGCCAAGCGUACGAGAACAUUAUCGGUGCGAUUGUGGCGGCCCAGGAGAGUGCGGACAAUGCGACGAACAUGGUCGAGAAGGCGGACCAGUUGAUACAUCCGCUGCACGACGUGACGAUUACGGACCAGAGUGAGCGGGCACUCGAGGUGUCGACGAACCUGACGACGCGCGCGACGAAGGAGCUGGCCAAGGCGACGGCCCUGAACGAGACGAUGAUCCAGAAGGAAAAGAGCGUCCAGAGCCUGAAGGACCAGAUCUGGCAGACAGCCAUCAAGAACAACAAUCUGAUGGACGAGGUGGGCAAGGUGGAGCGUGGCGCAACGAUGAAAACAGUCCAGGCGGACCUCGAUCGGUCCAGCAUCGUGUCGGAGCAGAUGAAGUUUGUGCGGCAGGAUGCAAUCAACCUGAACAGCGAUGUGUACAAGCUGAAGCUGAAGUUGAAAUCCCUCGAGCCGGAGUGGGACACCAAGUUUGGGUUGGCCGAGGAGAACGUUUCGCAAACGUUUGGGAACAUUCGGAAGGCGAAGGACAAACUGAACGGUAUCGAGGGGCUCGCCAAGACACAGGCGGAACGGUUCCGGACGUGGAACCGCACGUUUGCGGUGAAUCUGCAGGAUCUGCGUGAUCGAAUCGCCCGGUCCAAGCACGCGGCCGAGGGAAUACGAGUUUCGAUGGAAUCGACGGCGGCCUGCAUCCGAUCGUACGCCCCGGCCAGCUUUGGACCAUCGACCACCAACCGGAUCGUGAUGUCGAUCGCACUGACCGAUCCGAACGUACAGAGCACCCCGCUCGUCUACAUCGAGGGCGACGAACGACGGUUCAUAGCGCUCGAACUACGGCAGCGCAAGGUACGGCUACUCUGGAGCUUGGACGGCACCGUGACCGAGAUGACGCACCCGCAGGAGAUCGAAGUACGCGAUCUGAAGAAGGAUGACGCGUGGUACUUUAUCGAUGCCUCGCGAACGUUCAAUCUCGGCACGCUAACCGUGCGCCGGAUGCAGGACACCGGAGUCCUUACCGGUGGCCGAACCGAAUCGAAGGCCAGUAGUCCUGCGGCGGCCACGCUCAACGUUGGGCCUAGCCACCGCGUCUGGGUUGGUGGCAUUCCGGACGAUCUGCGUGUUCCGGAACUCGAACCGGUCCAGGGACUCGGCGUGGCCGUUAGCCAGCUGUACGUCGACCAGCGACAGAUCGGGCUGUGGCACUUUACCAGCACGAGCGGAACGUGUGCGGGCGCCAUGUUGGGACCGCAGGAGGUCGCCAGUUCGACGGGCGAGCGGAACUUCAACGGCAACGGAUAUGCCGUCCUGCAGCGAGCGAGUCCCCAGCCACGGUUACAGUUUAGUUUGAGCCUAAGCUUCAAGACGCUCGACGAGGACGCACUCAUCUUCCUGGCGCUGGAUGAAGAGAAUAACCGAUCCGUAUCCCUGACGCUGUACCAGGGCCGGCUGAUGUUCCGGGUGGACUACGGUGAUGAUACGCGGCUUGAGAUCAACACCACGAAACGUUACAACACGGGCUCGUGGGUUGUGGUCGAAGCUUCACGCCAGUUCCGCAAGUCCAGCACCGACGAAGGGGUGCUGAAGGUUAACAGUGAGCCCGUCAUCCUGGGUUCACCCACCAAACCGAUCGGCUCCGCGAAGUUGCCCGUCCUCAGUGAUACCUACUACCUAGGAGGAGUACCGCCCGGUUUCAAGACGGGCACUACGAAGGCUCCCGGGGCCGAUCAUGCGUUCCUGGGCUGCGUGAAAGGCCUCCAGAUCAGUGGCGUAUCGUACGAUCCGCUCGGCAGCACAUCGCACUUCGGUAUCGAAGCAUCCUGCGACAGUACGAUCACUAAGGCGGGCUUCUUCGGCAACGGGUACCUCGAGCUGCCCUCGUUUACGCUCAAGAAACGGUCCCACUUUGGGUUCGUGUUCCGUACGAUGCAACCGGACUGUCUGCUGUUGCUGUCGGGUUAUCCGAGUCGCAUCAAGGACGAUUACGAUGCGAAGGACCGGCUCGGCAACUACUCCGUGUUCUUGUCCGAGGGUCGAGUGAACCUGUGGAUGGAUGGUGGAUCCGGCCGGAUUGAGCUCGUAUCGAACGGAACGCUCAACGAUGGGGAGUACCAUGUGUUGGCGGUGGUGAAGCAAGGACGACACGUCGAGCUGCGGAUCGAUGAUCAGCUGCAGAUGGCCCGAUCGCUACAACCGUCGCUCGUAACGAUGCCCGGUGAAUCGGGCGGACUGUUCAUCGGCGGAGUACCGGAUGAUCCGGCGUUCGAUACGCUCGCGAAAGUAUUUGACGGUCUCGAGGGAACGGUGGCCAAUCUGGUGUUCAACAAUCGGACCGUCUCGUUCGGUCAGGCACUUAACUUCUCCAACGUGCAGAUGGGCCGUACCGGGCCAGCGAUGGGCAGCCAGGGUCUGUACACGGCGCUGAUGAAAACCGAACCGAUUGGGCGUAGUUUUAAGGCCGCACCGGAAGGUUGCUACAGGGUCGGCAGCUACUCGUACGAACCGAAUGCGUUCAAGUACGGCGACAAACCGCAGAGCUACUCCGUGGUGAUGGUCCCGGCGCGGAACAUCUGGCAGCGCAACUUUCACAUCGAGUUCGACUUCCGGACGUUCUAUCCUAACGGGAUCCUGUUCGUGGCGUUGGGUACCAAAGAGAAGGCGAAACACUUCAUCAUGCUCGCGCUGAAGGACGGUGUCCUGAGGCUGACGGUGCGGGGCCGCAAGCGCGAACAUCUGCUGCUUCCGCCGAAGCUAAACGAUGGCCAGUGGCACCACGUGACGCUGAGCAGCGUGAGGAAGAAAGCGACGCUGAGUGUCCAGAUUGGCAGCAGCCACAGCUCGGCGCAGAUCAAACUACCAAAGAAGCUGAACGCGGCCAACGCGCUCCACAUCGGAGGGCUGCCGGACGAGGUGCCGAUAAUGCCGCGCGAACUGCAACCGAAGCCGGAGGAGUUUAAGGGAUGUCUGCGGAAGUUUUCCAUCAACAACAACACGCAGGAUCUGGCUCGGCCCGGUCGCCACCUGAACGUGGGCCAGUGCUUUCCACGGAUCGAGCAGGGUUCCUACUUCCCCGGCGAUGCGUACGCCAUCUAUAAACGCAACUUCAACGUAGGCAAGUUUGUGGAGAUCGAGCUCGAGGUGCGCACGUCGGAAACGAACGGUAUCCUGAUGAGUGUCGCUGACCAAAUCAACGGAUUCCCCGCGCUUUCGCUGGAGAUCUCCAAUGGCAAUAUCAUUCUCUCGGUGGACAACGGUGACGGUAAUCCGACUCGCCUAUCGACGACGCUACCAUCGAAGUACACACUUUGCGACAAUCGGUGGCACAACAUCUCCGCUUUGUACGAGGAACACCAGAUCGUGCUGCGGGUCGAUGAGCACCCACCGUCGAUACUGCUGCCCCACGGAACCUCUAGCUUCGGGCGGGUCAACACAAAGGCCCCACUAUACAUUGGUGGUCUACCCGAUGCCGCCUCCAGUGGGACGCUCUUGAUGCGUGAAAACUUCAAGGGAUGCAUUCGGAACAUCGUCAUACGCAACGAGCGCAAAGAUUGGACGGAUAUGGACGAUCUGCACAACGUGCUUCUGAGCGAGUGCCUGGCAGUGAGCUAG